AUGUCUUCCCUGACAGGCCAAGAAUCUUCAAACACCCAACCCAAGAACCCCGUCAACCCCGGCGAAGACACAGCCGGCACAUUCAAGGGCGACCCGAGCGUUCCAUUGAAGACCGGCCAGUCGACUGACCCUGUUGGUUUGAGCGCGUCCGUGGACAAGGCUGCACCCGGCCAACAAAACGCCUCAGACACUUCGGAGCAGCGCCGCGGAGAAGAUAUAACACAAAACACCAAGCAAGAGUACGAGGGAAGUAGCAGUGUCGGUACCAAAACCGGAAGCGAGAGUUUGAUCGACAGUGUGGAGAGGAGCAUGCAUGAGGGUGGUGAGUCGGAUCGGAGUGGAGUGGAUAUUGGACAAAUUACUGGCGGACGACAGUUUGAAGGACUUGGUGGUAUAGUAACAGCGUCACAAGUCGCUUAG